AUGUCCGUUUUGCGCCACGGAGGAGCUGGAGGCGGCUUUCUCCAGAGGCGCCUCACCAAGCUCUAUACCGAUACCAAGACCUCCUGCGAAAGCGUCACCACCGCCUCGAAAGCCAUCGACGACCCCGAACUCGUUGCCCUACACCAAAGCUUCCAGAAGCAGCGGGACCGCCUGCUAGCGUGGGGCCUGGAUUGGAGUGACGCCAGCGCCGCCCAGCCGAAUGAUAUCGAUGAGUCCUUGACUGCCGCCGGCUUCAGCGAUGUGGUCGAGAGUGUGAUGUCCUCGAUCCAGGAUCUCCUGAACGAGGCCGAGCGAGUGCAGCACAUCGACCCGCCACUGCUCCCUUCAAAGGAGCGCAAGGUGGAUUUGCCAUCGAAGGAUACCCUCGGGACCCGGCCGCUCAAGACCCAAUGGACCGAAAGGGAUAUCAGCCGAUCAAAGACGAUCCUCAGCGAUCUCACAGCAUGCAUUGAUACCCUUUACGAUCUGUCCAGCUCGCGGCGGACAAUGGCUUCCAGCAUGUCCUCGAACAAGCACAGCGGUAGCGCCAGCACUCGACGACCUCGACCGAACGCUGUCUCUCUUUAUGACGCUUCUCAUGGCUCCUUCUCCGGAUCCAAGGAGAAAGUUCAGAGUCCCAAAUCCCUCUACGAUCCUUUCACCUACUCGCCCUCCGCCUCGCAACGCGACUACAACAAUCCCUUUGUUCCUACCAGCUCCCUCGUUAUUGAGCGAUCCGCCCUACAACUCUACGGCACCGCCCAUGACAACUGUCCACCUCCCUAUGAACCAAUUGCGGCCUCGUCGAACUCCCGAGCGGUCGGUCGACUGAAGACCUCUGCUUCCCCAUACUUGCUUAGUUCCAUAAAGGACUCGCAUGUCUCGGUGCUGGUCGAGUUCAUGCCUGUGAUGGUCAAUUCUCAGAUGGACUCUAACAGUUCGCGAUUGGAGAAGCUCCAGCACUCCCUCGACCAGUUGCUGCAGAAUGCCAGGAUCGCCCAUCUAGGUCUUCUGCGCUUCAUCGGCUACACCCUUGAUGAACCUAAUGCCCGCUACGCCUUCCUUUACCAAAUGCCCGUCGAUUAUUUCCCCUUUUUACGAAACCCCAGCGAUCUAUUGAAAGAGCUCAAACCCGUUCCUCUCGUUGCUAUGCUGCCUUCCGCAGAAGACUAUCGCGAGAAGCGGAUGCCAAACCUUGAAACUCGGUUCCGCCUGGCCUAUGAUCUGUUGAUGUCCGCUCUGCAUCUCCGAAGCCAGAAUGCCGUUCAUGGUAAUAUCAAUAGCAGCAAUGUCAUUUUCUUCCCCGGCCGGACCGAUGCGAACAAUGACGACAGUGGACUGGCCCCCGAUAUGCGUCGCCCUUACUUAACCUCCCCUGCUCGCUAUUCAUGCGAUGGUCCUACGCCGGAGCCAGUCUCGAGUGCCAUGUACCGACACCCAGAGGACAAGAGAUCUCUGGAGGAUGAUGCGGCUUGGGCGUAUGAUCUCUAUUCUCUUGGCCUUGUGUUGUUGGAGAUUGGACUAUGGGCACCAGUCAAGCAGCUUUGGAAGAUGAAGUACGACAGGUCGUGGUUCAAGCACCGUGUUGAGGAUCUUUAUGUCAAGAAGCUUGCGCCAAAGUGUGGAAACGGGUACAUGCAAGCCGUGCAGCUUUGCCUGGAUGCACCCAACUUUCAUCUGUCGACGCAGCCCAUGACCGAUCUUGGUCUCCGCGUGCCUCAGAUCUAUCACUACCCUGUGUUGGAUCUGUCUGAUCCUGACGGUAUCUUCUCCUUCUCCAUGAACUUCCUCUACACCAUCAGCAAGAUACUCUGGUCGUGCUGCCGCAUCGACAUCUUUGGAGCACCUCCAGCAGAAGAACUGGAUGACUGUUUGCCUCUCGCGCUUGUUCCGACCCCCGAGCCAACCCAUGCCCCCGCCCAGCCCAGCGCCUGGAUGCCUACUCGUGAGCCGGCCAACCUCGAUAAACAGCUUCCCACCAUCCCCGCGUGCGAGUGGAGUGCGAUGGCCGAGGAAAGGAACAUGGAUAAGCCAGCCAAGAAGCGCACUGUGAAGAGACUUCCUCAUCUUGAGAUCCCAGAUGAACACUUGCAGGAAUGGAACUUCCAGAUGAUGCCACGACUAAGCCGACUCCUGCAGAAGAUUCUGAAAGAGUCAAAUGAGUCCUGCGGCGCUACCCUCAUGAUGACCGGAGAGUCCGCUGAAACGGCACGCACAACCAUCUGUGUCACCUGUGCUAGUGUCAAAAAGGUUCGGCAAGCACUGAAGAAACAUUUCCCUCUUGGUCGAGAUGACUGGGACCUCAUCGUCCUCCGGGGAGACAUCGAACGAUCUAAAGUCCCUCGCAAGAAGAAGCGCAGACCCGCUAAGACACGUCCUAACGGAUCCAACGAAAUCCCGUUUCGCCAGCGAGAGUUGAACCCGUGCUACCAGCAACAGCCCCUGUGUGGUGCCUCCAUCGGCGCCUUCCAGAAUGAGGAACAUCUGCCUCCGGUUUCUUAUGGUGGCGCCGUCCUGGUUGAUGGCCAGCCUUAUGGAUUAACCGUGCAUCAUAUGCUUGAAGCGCCCAGUGAUGAUGAGGGCCAGGGAGAUGAUGAACCAGAAGCCCCAUCCAGAUCUGCUGGUACUUGGCCUGGGGAUCCAUCCAGCGUUGCCGCCCAUCACGACCUUAACUACACCUAUGCCGACGAUGAACCUUCAUUCGAAUUUGAGAUAUCGGAUGGAGAAGAUGGUGAUGAUGCAUCCUUGUCUUUAGGAGGUGAUGGAGGCGAUGAUGAAUACUGGUUAUCAGAUGACGACUCCUCGGACGAUGAGUCCAUCGAUGGUGGCUUUGACGACGACGAUGACGCCGCGUCCAUUGGUGACACUGCCGGCAUUGAGCCCGGCGAAGAGCCUCGCCUUUUGGUCACCCAACCCGCCAUCGACGAUGUUCACGAUGACUUCUUUCCAACCCCAGAAGACCGCGACGAUGAACAUCUUGCCUCUCACUCUCUGGGAUAUGUUCACGCCUCAUCGGGCGUCCGUCGUUGGACGCGGAAGGGUAUCAAGCACGAGAUAGACUGGGCUUUGAUUAAAGUCGAUGAGGCACGAAUGGACCCCCGCAACAUUAUCAUGGAGAACAACCCCCCUCUUCUACUUCGACCAGGAAUGCCGCCACCUCCCCCAAUAUUUCUCAGCCAGGUAGCCCGAAUGGAGGAGCUAGGUGGUCUAUCAGUCCACUGUCGCGGACGGACAAGCGGGCUCCAAACGGGCCAGAUAUCCAAAGCAAUGACGCUGGUCAAGCUACAUGGCCGACAUUCGUUUUCCACGAGCUUUUGUGUGAACGGGAACUUCGGAGCCCCCGGCGACUCCGGAGCAUGGGUAUUCGACCGCUCAACCGGCCGCGUCUGCGGUCACGUCCUCGCCUGGUCUGCAAGGAGCAACACCACCUACAUCUCGCCGAUGGAAGUAACCCUCGACGACAUCGCUCGAACACUCGGCGCCUCUCUCGUUUCUCUCCCCGGUGAACCUCCCCGCUCGAUGGGCUACGCCGACCCAAAUCAGCACCCGCAACACUGCUACCCGCAACACCAACAAUUACCUGGUGACUUUAAUCGUCUGGCUGUCGGCGGAGUCCCUGGUCACCACAUGCCGCCUCAUCCUUUUACACAACCCUACCCUCAACAUCCUGGAUUCGGUCGGCCUCCUCCGCCCCCUCCACCCCCGCCUCCUCGACCCGGAUCUCAUGAGCCGCAUGUUUUCCGGAAUGUCUCGCCCAUUCCGCCUUCUCUUUUGACUGGUCCCAGAAAUAUUGAGCGUCAGCUUGCGUGA